UUCAAACGCCUAUAGGAAGGAAAUUCGAAAAAAGAACCCACCAAACUCCGCUUUCCUCGACUCUCUCAUUUCCUUCCAUCUCUGUCCGAAAUCCCCAAAACCCUAAAUACGGAGUCGCGUUUCCGAGAUUUCUCUGCAGAAAAAAACGCAUUUCCGGAGCUCUGAAGAGCUUCGAAUCCACUCUCGUUUCAACACUCGCGUAUAAAUCCAUCUAAAGCACGCCAUCCUGACUUUCUGCGAAUAAAAAAAACCAAAGUGAUGGCGUCGUAGGCUUGGACUUUUGGUUCGGACCGAGUCGCUAUGACAGCUUCAGACAGUCGGAUUUGAAAGUUUCAGACAGUCGUUUCCAGCUCUUCUUUUAUAUCGUGCCGGAUCUGUAUAAAAUAGCAUCCGACGGUUGAUUCAUCUCUGCAGUUUUUAAAAUGGCUUCUAGUUCUUUCAAAGGGAGCCGCUUUUCUCGAUCGCUGGUGUCGGAUGUGGAAUUGCAGCAAGGCAAUCCUCAGUCCCCUCGGACUGUUGCAUUUGGCCGGAGAACUUCAUCUGGUCGGUACAUCAGUUUCUCAAGGGAUGAUCUUGACAGUGAAAUUGGUAGUGGUGAAUAUGCGAACUACACAGUCCACAUCCCACCAACACCUGACAACCAGCCCAUGGACCCAUCAAUCUCAGCAAAGGUCGAAGAGCAGUACGUUUCUAAUUCUCUCUUCACUGGCGGAUUCAACAGCGUGACCCGAGCUCACCUCAUGGACAAAGUGAUUGAUUCUGAGACAAACCAUCCCCAGAUGGCUGGUGCCAAGGGGUCUUCGUGUGCGGUCCCCGGAUGCAAUUCCAAGGUUAUGAGCGACGAGCGUGGGAUGGACAUCCUCCCCUGUGAGUGCGAUUUCAAGAUCUGCAGGGAUUGUUAUCUGGAUGCCGUUAAGACGGGAGGGGGGAUUUGCCCAGGGUGCAAGUAUCCCUACAAAGAGAUGGAUUUGGAUGAGGUGAGCAUGGAUGCAGGACGGCCACUUCCAUUACCGCCACCGAAUGGGAUGUCAAAGAUGGAGAGGAGGUUGUCUGUGAUGAAAUCAACCAAGUCAGUGUUGAUGCGGAGCCAGACAGGCGAUUUUGAUCAAAACCGCUGGUUGUUUGAGACAAAGGGGACUUAUGGAUAUGGUAAUGCUAUCUGGCCAAAGGAAGGGGAUUUUGGGAAUGGGAAUGGUGAUGAGGCUGGAGACGCACCUUCUGAACUGAUGAACAAGCCAUGGAGGCCACUCACACGCAAAUUGAAGAUCCCUGCAGCAAUUAUCAGCCCAUAUAGGCUUCUCAUCUUUGUCCGGAUGGCUGCCCUUGGUUUGUUUCUUGCAUGGAGAAUCAAUCACCCGAAUGAGGAUGCAAUCUGGUUGUGGGGAAUGUCUGUUGUUUGUGAGAUCUGGUUUGCUUUCUCUUGGCUGCUAGACCAGCUUCCCAAGCUGUGCCCUGUUAACCGUGCCACCGAUCUUGCUGUCCUGAAAGAGAAGUUUGAAGAGCCGGGCCCUCACAACCCCACUGGGAAAUCUGAUCUUCCGGGAAUAGAUGUCUUUGUUUCUACUGCUGAUCCAGAAAAGGAACCUCCAUUGGUCACUGCAAAUACCAUACUAUCUAUCCUUGCAGCCGAUUACCCUGUUGAGAAGCUCGCAUGCUAUGUUUCAGAUGAUGGAGGCUCCCUUCUGACCUUCGAAGCAAUGGCUGAAGCUGCGAGCUUUGCUGACCUGUGGGUUCCCUUCUGCCGGAAACAUGAAAUUGAGCCCAGGAACCCUGAAAGCUAUUUCAAUUCCAAGAGCGAUCCUUACAAAAACAAGGUGCGCCCAGAUUUUGUCAAGGACCGAAGACGGGUAAAGCGGGAGUAUGACGAAUUCAAGGUCCGGAUCAAUGGGCUACCAGAUUCGAUCAGGCGACGGUCUGAUGCUUUCCAUGCUCGAGAGGAGAUCAAGGCCAUGAAGCUUCAGAGACAAAACCCAACUGAUGAACCAGCUGAAAGAGUGAAGAUCCCAAAAGCUACUUGGAUGGUUGAUGGCACUCAUUGGCCUGGUACCUGGUUGGUCCCUUCACCUGAGCAUACUAGGGGUGACCAUGCUGGAGUCAUACAGGUGAUGCUGAAGCCUCCGAGUGAUGAACCAUUGAAAGGGACUGCUGAUGACACCAGGCUCCUUGACCUCACCGACGUCGAUAUUCGUCUGCCGUUGCUGGUUUACGUCUCCCGUGAGAAGCGCCCUGGCUAUGACCACAACAAGAAGGCAGGCGCCAUGAAUGCACUUGUCCGUGCCUCUGCCAUCAUGUCCAACGGGCCUUUCAUCCUCAACCUCGAUUGUGACCACUACAUUUACUACUCCCAGGCCUUGAGAGAGGGCAUGUGCUUCAUGAUGGACCGUGGUGGGGACCGUAUCUGCUACGUCCAGUUCCCACAGAGGUUCGAGGGCAUUGACCCCUCUGACCGUUAUGCCAACCACAACACCGUUUUCUUUGAUGUCAACAUGCGUGCUCUCGAUGGACUCCAGGGCCCUGUCUAUGUCGGCACUGGAUGCCUUUUCCGUCGAAUUGCCCUCUAUGGUUUUGACCCACCUCGCUCGAAAGAACACCCUGGUUGUUGCAGCUGCUGCUUUGCCCGUCUCAAGAAGCCUGCGUCCGUUGCUGCAACCUCAGAAGAGAAUCGUGCACUACGAAUGGGAGACUCUGACGAAGAUGACAUAAACCUCUCGAUGCUGCCUAAGAGAUUUGGUAACUCAGCUUUCCUUAUUGAUUCGAUCCCAGUGGCAGAGUUUCAAGGCCGGCCUCUUGCUGACCACCCAGCAGUGAAGAAUGGCCGGGCCCCGGGUGCUCUCACCAUCCCUCGUGAGCUGCUUGAUGCAUCUACAGUUGCAGAGGCAAUCAGCGUCAUUUCCUGCUGGUAUGAAGAUAAAACUGAGUGGGGCCAGCGUGUUGGGUGGAUUUAUGGGUCUGUGACGGAAGACGUGGUCACUGGUUAUCGGAUGCACAACAGGGGAUGGAAGUCGGUUUAUUGUGUGACCAAACGGGAUGCCUUCCGCGGCACUGCUCCAAUCAACCUCACCGAUCGGUUGCACCAGGUGCUCCGCUGGGCCACUGGCUCGGUUGAAAUAUUCUUCUCUCGCAACAAUGCCCUCCUUGCCAGCUCAAGAAUGAAGUUCUUGCAGAGAAUCGCAUAUCUAAAUGUCGGAAUUUACCCAUUUACCUCAUUCUUCCUAAUAGUCUACUGCUUCCUCCCAGCACUCUCACUCUUCUCUGGCCAGUUCAUAGUCCAGACGCUCAAUGUCACCUUCCUUAUCUACCUUCUGCUCAUCACCUUGACCCUCUCCAUGCUGGCGGUGCUCGAGAUCAAGUGGUCAGGAAUUGAUCUAGAAGAGUGGUGGCGUAACGAGCAGUUCUGGUUGAUUGGAGGUACGAGUGCACAUCUUGCUGCUGUCCUUCAAGGGCUUCUGAAGGUGAUUGCUGGGAUUGAGAUCUCCUUCACCUUGACGUCAAAGUCGGGGGGUGAUGAUUUGGAUGAUGAAUUCGCCGACCUCUACAUGGUGAAGUGGACCUCACUCAUGAUACCGCCCAUCACCAUCAUGAUGACCAACCUGAUUGCCAUUGCAGUCGGGGUCAGCCGCACCAUAUACAGCACGAUACCACAGUGGAGCCGCCUCCUGGGUGGUGUCUUCUUUAGCUUCUGGGUUCUGGCACAUCUCUACCCAUUCGCUAAGGGGCUGAUGGGGAGGAGAGGGAGGACACCUACGAUCGUCUUUGUCUGGUCGGGGCUCAUCGCCAUCACAAUCUCGCUCCUUUGGGUGGCUAUCAACCCUCCGUCAGGGAAUACUCAGAUCGGAGGUUCAUUCCAGUUCCCUUGAAUCCAUCACGUGGGGCAGUGACCAUGCUAGAUGCAGAUGCACAGGAAUGUGGGACCAUUCUCGGGAGCCUGGAUGGCUUUGGACUGUCAAUUCUUUUGCCGACAAGUUGAUGCCAGUCAUGUUUUUAUCAGUAGGCAGAUGGCUGAGCAGCCCAUGUAUGUAUGGAGGUGUGCAGGUAAGGAUGAUAUCUGAAAUUAUUUUGUUUAUACUUUAAAAAAAAUAAAAUUCGUUUCUCCAUUUGAAUUUGAUGCUUAACACAGGAGGCAUAUGUGGAUGUACUCAAAUACGGUAGAGUUGUAGAUGAUGGCCGGCGAAUGAGCAGCAGUAUUUGUUUUGUAAUUUAGAGGUGGGGAUGGGAAACUGAACUAAUUGGUGGCAGCCAUGGUUCGCUCCAUGGGAUGCCUGGAUUUAUUCUUGAUUUUUAGGUGUAUGCACAAUCAUUUGAGGUUUC